AUGGAUGAAUUACAACUAGAAUCAACUGAGAGUUCCAUGCAGUGCCGGUUAUGUCUGCAUAACGCUGAUCUUAUGAUCCCGAUUUUUGGUAAUCGGGGCGUCGAAUCGGAUAUAUGCCAAAAAUUGUUUAUGCAUUUGAAUCUUACGAUAAAGGAAAACGAUGAUUUACCAAGGCAUGUUUGCUUGAAAUGCUGGCAAACGGUUGAAUAUUUCGACACGUUCUUCCAUGAAGUGGAAUUAAAUCAAUCCUUGUUAGUCAAUGGUACGCAUGCAGCGUUUACUGAUACACUGGAUUCUGAGAAUUUGUCGCAAGAUUUACAUAUAGAGCUGGCAGCUACGGGCAUUGACAAGUAUGAGAUUCUUGAGGGUAAAGUUGAAUACAGCCCGAACCCCCCGUCGUACGAGGAGGCACAGAAAACAAAACAUGCGCUAUCGGAGGAACCAGGCGUGGACGAGAGCAUCGACGAAAUGGUUGAGAUAAUGGAAGCACCCCUCGACUCGGAUGUAGCAGACGAAGAUGCCCUGGAGUCGGAUGGGAAAGACGGAAACUUGUCAGAAGAUUCGAACAUGAACGAAUUGAACGACGCCAAUGCUUCAAAGGAAACGCAUGGAGAAGAGCCUGGAAUCCUCAUCAAAGUAAACGGAUACCGAUACCCGCAAAUAAUACGUAACGGGAAAAUGGUGGUGCGUGGGGAAGAACUCGACAAGUGUCUGGCAGCUUACUACGGUCUGGAAUGUGAAAUAUGUAAGAAAACAAAUUGGACCAAGAUGGAAGAGCUUUUUUCUCAUCAAAAGAAUGCGCACAAUGUGGAACCAUUUGUAAGCUGCUGCGGGCGCAAGAUAGAAAAGCGGUCAUUGAUAACUAUGCACAUGGCAAAGCAUGUCCAACCGGAGGCAUUCGAAUGUCCUAUAUGUAAAAAGAUGAUGACAUCGCCGCGAAUUUUGAAUUUUCAUAUUAUGAAUCACCAGCCGGAAGAAAAACGUCCGAUCAAAUGUGAAUUAUGCCCACGCCGCUUUAGCUACGUUAGCGCUCUUCUUAUACAUGCUUCGUCUCACAAGGUGGAGAACGAGAAAAAGCGGGCCUACCAUAUCUGUGACGUCUGUGGCCGUGCAUAUCGCUCCUUGGAUCGGCUAGCUUCGCAUAUGUCUUGCUCGCACCAAACCGACGGUUCCAGCAACUGCUUGUCGUGCAGUUACUGCGGAAAAACCUUCGUUUCCAAGAGCAAUCUCAACUACCACAUGACCACUCAUCAGCCAAGGAUGCACCAGGUGGAGUGCGAACACUGUGGCAAGUGGCUGAGGAACAAAGUUUGUCUUCGAAAACAUUUGCUACAGCAUUCGCAAAUUCGCCACAUGUGCGACAAAUGCGAUUACACGUCACGUAAUGCGCAAAGCAUGCGGAAUCAUCUGCGGGUGCAGCAUACAGAUGAUAAACCGUAUUCUUGCGCGACAUGUGGAAAAUCCUUCAAGCUAAAGGGCAAUCUGCGCGAACAUAUGGCGCAGCACAUGCAGGAGAAGCAGUACGCAUGUGAGUUCUGUCACCGUGAAUUCACCUCUAAGAGCAACUACUACUCGCACCGAAAGCGAAUGCAUUCCAACGACUUGGAGCAACAAAAACGACGGAAGGAGCAGGAAGAACGAGCGCAUUGUAUCAAACUGAAGCUAAAAAGAAAAGAAAAUUUUUAA